AGAAAGCGCGUAUCAAAGCUCCAUUUUCGUGAACUGAACGGGGGCACGUUGGAUAUAACAGCAGAAAGCUUCAUUGAUAUUACCCCCAGAAAACUGUCCUCAGGAAGUUUCGACAUUACAUUUCGUACAGGAGGAGGACUAGAGAUACUUGAGAUUCAUUCCGGGGGACAAUCAUACACUAUGUGAAAGGACGCAAGCUUCCGUGAUUCCCAAGCGCUGGCCCGCUUGUAGUUAGUGUCGAGGCCCCAUAGCUCUCUAUGUGAGGUUGUAGAAAAAGUGCCUUAUGAAAAGAAAGUUUCGAAAUAUGAAGGAAAAGUACAAAAUUCCAAACAUUUUAAUAUCAACAUUAUGUAUUCUAUGGCUGGCCAUAGAUUCUGUGUCUGGAUCAUGUUCUGCGGGUCAGUUCUUUGAUUCUGUAAACGGCACAUGCUACGACUGCAAUUCUGGAUUUUACUGUACAGGUGGUACUGCUGCGCCGACGCCUUGUGGAGAAGGGACGUUCAACAGUGGGACAGGAAGCUCCAUUAGCGGUGACUGUCAGACAUGUGCUGCGAAUGCCAUCAGUCCUGUCGGAUCUACUUCCUGUACAGUAUGUCCGGCUGGAUACUCCUGCAGUUCUCCAAAUACAAGGACCGCCUGUAGUGCUGGGGAGUUCUCACUGGAUGGGGACAUGUCCUGUACAACCUGCCCUACUGGUCAUAUAUGUCCCACCACAACAGCAGCAUCCACGGAUUGCCCGGCUGGUGAAGAGCCGAACUCAGGACUGACAGCUUGUCAGGUGUGUAAUGCUGGAGAAUACAGUAGUGCCUCGGAUACCUCCUGUCAAACAUGUCCUGCAGGAAGCAAAUGCCCAACCGCUCAGCUGUCUGCACCCAUUACCUGCCCCAGCGGUACCUACCAGACGGCCGGUGGUCAGACAGCAUGUGACAAUUGUCCUGCCGGAUCACAGUGCUCAGACACCACCGUAGCUGCUAAUUGUCCAGCCGGACAGUAUUCAAGUGCCAACUCCAUCAGCUGUACUGCAUGUGCUUCAGGGUAUUACAGUGCUGCGGGUGAUUCAUCCUGUACCCAGUGUACAGCCGGAUAUUUCUGUACAUCUACGACCCAAACAGCGUGUGGGUCCUCAAAGUACAGUGGCGCUGGUGCCACAUCAUGUGAUGACUGUCCCGCAGGAUCCAGCUGCACCUCCUCCACCACCUCCAGUCCCACCCAGUGUUCGGCUGGGGAGUUCUCAGCCACUGGAGCCACGUCGUGUACACCGUGUACUGCCGGGUAUGCCUGUCCCCUCCCAGGGACCACCACCCCUGAUCCAUGCGGCAAUGGAACCUACGCCCCGUCCCCCGGGGCCUCAUCCUGUACGGACUGUCCUGCUGGCCAGAAGUGUGACGAUGUAGCUGGAGCUGCGUCUGACUGUGUCCAGGGAUACUAUAGUCCUGCCGGCUCCUCUGUCUGUACCGAGUGUGCCGACGGAGAAUAUGCUGACAGCGUGCAGUCAGCCAGCUGUACAGCUUGUCCAGCAGGGUCCAAAUGUCCAAACAAAAAUCAGGCAGCUGUCCAAUGUAAUGCUGGGGAAUACAGCUCUGCUGGUCAGAAACACUGUACUGCAUGUUCAGUUGGUACGUACCAGAGCUCACCUGGACAGACAAGCUGUACUGCAUGCCCUGCUGGCUCCGAGUGUCCAACCCUUAGCGCAGCGGUGUCCUGCGGAGGUGGUUACUACUCCCUGGGAGGUGACACUGCCUGUAUCCCAUGUCCAGGAGGAUAUUCCUGUGCCUCAACCUCCUCAAGUCCUGUUGAGUGUUUAGCAGGUACCUAUGCCCGAAAUUUAAGUACCGGCUGUACCAGCUGUGAAGCUGGAUACAAAUGCCCAUCAAAUGGAUUGUCUGAACCCACAACAUGUGCAGCAGGCUACUAUCAGACAGCAACAGGCCAGCAGUCCUGCACCAGAUGUCCACAAGGAUCCAUGUGCCCGAACCGCACGGAAAGUCCCACCCCUUGUCCGGCUGGAGAAUACCAAGAUGGCUAUGGACAGGAAACUUGUAAAUCAUGUCCCUCUGGGUACUACUACACAGGUACUGGUGCUACAAUAUGUACCAUCUGUUCAGCUGGUUCAAAGUGUCCAGACCCUACCAGUUCUCCAGUGGCCUGUGGAUCUGCAGAGUACUCUGAGGCUGGCGCUACCGUUUGUCUGAGCUGCCCCACCGGUCACACCUGUCCUAGUGGAGGAACUCCAGUGCUCUGCUCGUCAGGACAGUAUUCCAAUGGAAGCACAUGUAUUACCUGUGAAGCCGGUUUCUACUGCCCAAACCCACUCUCCGACCCAAUAACUUGUGCGGAUGGUCAAUACCAAACCUCGACAGGUCAGACCUCCUGUAUUUCCUGUCCAGCUGGGCAGUCAUGUCUAGAUAAAGCAGCCUCGCCGGUAAACUGUGUAGCUGGUUACUACAGCCCAUUAGGGACAUCCACAUGUCAGCUGUGUGCCAGUGGCUACUAUAGUGCUGCUGUGGCCUCCUCGUGUACUCAAUGUCCAGCUGGUCAGUAUUGCUAUGAUGGGUCCGUGUAUGUGAGUCCGACCAACUGUCUUGCUGGAACAUAUAGUGCUCUGGGAGAGUCCACCUGUACCUCAUGUCAGCAAGGUAUAAUAAUCUGUCUACCCAUUUCAGAUUGCCUAUGNCCUGCUGGUAGUGACUGUAUUAAUCCGGCUAGUAUUGUCAACUGUGGCUCUGGGUACUACAGCUUAGAGGGUGUGACGGUGGCCUGUACGCAGUGUCCAGCUGGCUAUUCCUGUGCUACAACAACUUCUGCUCCUACACCGUGUACCAGUGGGAGUUAUUCCUCUGCUGGAGCCACAUCCUGUACCGCCUGUCCAGCUGGUCAAACUUGCACUGACCCCACUGGUUCUCCUUCAUCCUGUCCUACUGGAUACUACAGUGCUGCCGGAUCCACAUCGUGUCAGGCAUGUCCAGCUGGGUACAGCUGUUCAUCAUCAGGUAAAACUGCCUGUAGUUCUGGAGAGUACAGUGCCGCCCUUGAAGUCAACUGUACAGACUGUCCAGUGGGCUACCAGUGUCCGUUCACAUCUUUGAGGAUAAAAUGUUCAGCAGGACAACAUACGAAUGGUAACGCUGGACAGACAUCGUGCACAGACUGUCCUGCUGGUUCCUACUGUUCUGACACCACUGUUGCACCAGUUGCUUGUGGUUCAGGAGAGUAUAGCUUGGCAAAGUCCACCACAUGUACCACCUGUCCAGCAGGUUCAGAAUGUCCAACAGCUUCUGCCAUACCCACUCCAUGUACAGCGGGUACAUACGCUGCCAGUGGCGCCACAGCUUGCACUGCCUGUAGUGUGGGUUCCUACUGUCCAUCAACUUCAGCCAUCUUAGUGAUAAUCUGUGAAAGUGGAAGUUACUCUCUUGGGAGCCAACAUCAGUGUACUGUCUGUCCUGCUGGGUCUGCAUGUCCAAAUGUUAAUGGUACUUCUAUUACAACAUGUUCUGCUGGCACAUAUGCUGUGGAAGGUUCCACUGUGUGCAGUCCAUGCCCAGCUGGGUACGAGUGUCCAAACACUGAUGGCAGUCAGAAUGACCGGUGUGCAGCAGGUUCCUAUUCCUUGUCAGGGGUAGAUACAUGUACGACAUGUUUGGCUGGAAAGGCUUGUCCUUCUACAGAAUCCGACUCCCUCAUAGUAGACUGUGUGUUGGGAACGUACUCACUUGCUGGCCAGACAUCGUGUACGGAAUGUCCACCUGGGUAUGAAUGUCCAUCUAUCAGUGCUGCCACAACAACAAUUUGUACUGCCGGUAAAUAUAGUGCAGGAUCCCAGGCCGCCUGUACUUCCUGUCCGUCAGGAUUCGCCUGCCCCAGUAUCUACAAUGACAUUCUUAACCAGUGUGUACCUGGCUAUUACUCUUUGGGUGAUGCAGAUACCUGCACUGCGUGUGAUGCUGGAAAAGAAUGUCCCGAUGCAAUAAGUGCUGGAUCAGCCUGUGCCUCCGGGUACUAUAGUUUGGGAGGUGCUGCCUCCUGCACCAGGUGUACCCCUGGCUAUCAGUGUUUUGAUCCAGCUAUUGACCCAGUCAUUUGUCCAGUUGGUACGUACAGUGCAGGUGGUACCACUACCUGCAGCAACUGUGACGCUGGUUAUCAUUGUGAUGAGGGCAGCACAAGUGCUAAUGCUUCAGAAAACAUUUGUCCAGUUGGUUACCACUGUCCAGAUGGGGGCACACUGACUAAGUGUCUAGCUGGAACAUAUGGUGAUGCUACAGGCUACAUUUUAGCUUCUGAAUGUAAACCGUGUCUGGCCACAUACUACUGUCCGGAGGGAACUGCCAAUGCACCAAUCCUCCGUUGUCCACCUGGAUUUUUCUGUCCAGCUGGGACCGCAGGGCAGAAAGACAAUCCCUGUCCUGCAGGCCAUUACAACAAGAUCGAAGGGGCAGCGGCGCAAGCAGAAUGUAAGGGCUGUCCAGAGGGGUACUGGUGUGCAGCGGGUACCCCAGACUAUGACAUCGAAGCCCAAACCUGUCCUCGAGGACACUACUGUGAAGCAAUUGGAGCGAAUAACCCAAUACCAUGUCCAGCUGGCAAGUACACUGAGCAAGGUUCGGCCAAAAACAUUGGGGACUGUAAAUCCUGCCCUGCUGGCUAUUACUGUCUGGAGGGUGGAGCCACACCAACUCCCUGUCCCCCAGGUACCUUUAAUGACAAGCUAGAACAACUCAACAUUACAGGUUGUUCCCCGUGUACAUCUGGAAAGUCAUGUACAAUGUACGGACUCACAGAGCCCAACUUCCCAUGUUCUCCUGGGUAUUACUGUCCGGGUGGCAAUUACGCCCCUAAUCAGACGGAGUAUGCAUGUCCAGCUGGAACUUACACUGACCAUACCAACUUGACCGCAGUAGAACAGUGUGAUAAAUGUCCAGAAUCUACCUCGUGUGCUGCCGGCACUGGAGGGCAGCAGAAUCCCCCGCAAGCCUGUGGCCAAGGACACUAUUGUCCAGAGGGUACUGGGUCCCCUACACAGACGCCAUGUGCUGCAGGCAGCUACACAAACCUCACUAACUUAAAGAGCCAGGAACAGUGCUAUACUUGUCCUAGAGGAUUCUACUGUCUCCAAGGAUCCAUCCAACCCACCGGCGACUGUUUUCAGGGACACUGGUGUCCGGAAGGAACUCCGGCUGGAAACUCGUACCCUUGUCAUGCGGGCUCCUACAAUAACGUUACUAAGGUGGAUGCCUGGGAGAAGUGUGUGGACUGUUGGCCUGGUUACCACUGUGUUGAGGGCUCCGUACUACCCGACGCAUGCCCUAUAGCCACCUAUAAUCCUGACACAAAGGGAGAGAACCUCACAUCAUGUUUAGCCUGUAAGGCCGGUUACUAUUGUCCUGAUACAGCCAUGUAUGAUCCACUUCCCUGUGAAAAGGGCAACUAUUCAGCCACAGGUGCAUCUGUUUGCUCUAGCUGUGAACCAGGGUUUUUCUGUUCUAACAAUGCCACCAGUGAUACCACCAUGAGAUCAGACUUCAUCUGCCCGGCAGGUACAGAGUGUGCAGGAGGAAUGAUUGUAGCACCAGACUUAGUGAGUUAUCCAUGUCGAUCAGGCCACUACUGUCCCCGUGGUGAUGUCAAUCCGUGGCCUGUCCCCUGUCCUAAUGGGACCUUCAACGCUGGCACAGGUAUUGGUGAAGUUGGCCAGUGUGAGAGCUGUACGGCUGGUUACUACUGUACUCCCGAGGGACUCAGUGCUGUGGCUGGAGAAUGUCCUGGUGGAUAUUACUGUCCUUUAGGCACAGGAUACAUGUUCACAAAUCCCUGUCCUAUUGGAUUCUACAGAAAUGGGUCAGCUAGGGAGAAGUUCGAUGACUGUGCAGAAUGUGUGUCCGGAUACUUUUGUAAUGUUAAGGGUCUAGCUACACCUAUUGACUGCCCAGCUGGGUAUUACUGUAUCACUGGCAGUAUCAACCCGUCAGCUUGUCCCCUUGGGACCUACAGUAAUUCUACCAACCUCCGUAGGAGCACAGAUUGUACCCCCUGUCCUGGUGGUUACUACUGUGAUGGUAUAGGCCGUACUGAACCAACAGAUGUGUGUGAUGCAGGCUUCUACUGUAAGGAAAAAGCAUAUACCUCAGCUCCACCAGAUGGAUUGACAGGAGGGGUAUGUCCUGCUGGCGGGUACUGCCCUGCUGGAUCUGCCGUGCCCACUGCUUGCCCAGUCGGAAUGUACAGUAAGAGUGCUGGGGCCAAGACUUCGUUUGAGUGUAUACCAUGUGACCCGGGAUACUACUGCGCUGGGUCCAGUAGUACAAAUGCAUCAGAGCCAUGUGCUGCUGGAUAUUACUGCACAGGUGGGGCAGGUACUCCAAUACAAUAUGCGACCGAGGCAGGACACUAUACCAAGGCAGGGGCCUUCAAACAAGAACCAUGUCCUCGCGGUGAAUAUCAGCCGUCAGUGAAGUCUGCAGCCUGUUUACUGUGUCCACAGGGAUAUUACUGCAAUGGAACAGCUACCGUAACUGAAAACAUCUGUCCUACUGGCAACUACUGUCCUCUAGGCAGCGAAUAUCCUACACCAUGUCCUAUAGGUACCUACUUGAAAGACACGGGGCGUUACAAUGAAUCCCAUUGCACUGCUUGUACUGCUGGCCAGGCAUGUGAGAUGGUCGGCUUAUCACUACCAAAUGUCAACUGUCAGCCUGGCUUCUACUGUGAAGAGGGUUCCAAUGAUUCCACUCCUGUAGGACUGGCCAUGGCAGACCUCUGUCCUCCUGGCCAUUACUGUCUAGAGGAAACGAAAUACCCCACAGAGUAUCCAUGCCCUGCAGGUACCUACACCAUGGCUACUGGUCUGCAAGCAGCAGAAAACUGUACAGACUGUCCUCCUGGCCAGUUCUGUAAUGGAACAGGCUUAACUGCGCCCUCGGGUCUGUGUGCAGCUGGUUUCUUCUGUAGUGGGGGCGCUUCAGUCAGCAUGCCAGAUGAUGGACAGAGAACCGGAGGGGCGUGUACACCUGGUAACUACUGUCCAGAAGGUGUAGGAACGCCCAAGAAUUGUACCCCUGGGACAUAUCAGAACCAGACUGGGACAGAUUUCUGUUACAACUGUACACCAGGUUAUUACUGUGCCGAGGAUGCCACAAUACAGCCUGAUUUGUGUACGGCAGGACGCUACUGUCCAGAAGGCACAGCACUGGACAGACCUUUUUGUCCCCCCGGAACAUUCAACCCAGACCUUGGUCUCAUUUUGGAGUCCCAAUGUAAGCCGUGUGCCGGAGGAUACUCCUGCUAUAGUUGGGGUGCCGUCAAUUUCGACUAUAGUCUUAAUGAUACCGGGACGGAGCCAUGUUCAGCGGGGUACUACUGCAAAUCAGGUUGCAAUGUGAGUACCCCGACUUCAGAAACAACAAGUGGUUUAGGAGGUCCCUGUCCCAUUGGUCACUACUGUCUACAGCAGACAGAAGACCCCACCCCCUGCCCUAAUGGCACCUUCAGAGAUACUAUCAUGGCCGAGAAGGUGUCGGACUGCCAGGACUGUAGUCUGGGCCAGUACUGUGGUACAGAAGGACUCAGCAAUGUAACAGCACCAUGUGCACCAGGCUUCUACUGUCUCCGUGGUAACAAUGACCCAAUGCCUCAAGGAGAUCAACCAUCCAUUGGUGGUCCAUGUCCGGUGAGCCAUUACUGUCCGGAGGGGACGUCCACUCCACUGGCCUGUAACAGGGGUACAUAUAACAACCUGACAGGACAGGCAGAGUGUUUCUCCUGUCCCGCCGGCUACUAUUGUCCCGACAACACCACCACUUACGAGGAUUACCCAUGUCCUCAAGGAUACUACUGUAUGAAUGGUACAGAGCUAGGUACGCAGUAUCCAUGUCCGACUGGAACCUUCCGCAACGUGUCGAUGGGCCAAAGCGUGGCUGACUGUUACACGUGUACAGCUGGAUACUACUGUGGGGCGGAAGGUCUCAGCACACCCAGUGGACUAUGUGAUGCCGGGCAUUUCUGCGUCCAAGGAGCCAAGACUAGAAAUCCAACCAAUUAUAACAACUUCACCAGCGGGGACUGCCUGUGCCCCAGCAACUCGACUGGUGGCGAGUGUCAACCAGGCUUCUAUUGUCCCCAAGGGUCCACUGAACCAACUUCCUGUACUGAAGGGUAUUACUGUGCUACUCCAGGAUUAACAGUGGAGACUGGCCAAUGUAAGGCUGGUUAUUACUGUGGUCUAAGGGCUACUAGAGAAGAUCCCACGGAUGGUAUCACAGGGGACCUCUGUCCUAUGGGCAGAUAUUGUGAGAUUGGAAGUACUACCAACCAAGCACGCUGUCCCACAGGAACGUACAAUAACAGGACCGGCCUCACACAGUCCUCAGAAUGUACCCCUUGUACCCAGGCCUAUUACUGUGGCUCUACCGGUCUAACAGAACCUACGGGAGAAUGCUUCGAAGGAUACUACUGUCCAACGGGCCAGAGCCAGGGAAACCCUACAGCCUACACCUGUACCAUGGGUCACUACUGUCCAGCAGGAGUCUAUGAGCAGAUUAUUUGUCCAUCCGGAACCUAUCAGGACCAGAAUGGUCAAGGCUCAUGCAAAUUUUGUGAACCAGGCUACUACUGUAACAUGGCCAACACUCCAGUGACGACCUAUACACCUUAUCCCUGUCCUGAGGGCUACUACUGUCCCAAUGCCACAGAAUUCUCACAGCAGUAUCCCUGUCCUGCCGGUACCUACAAUCCCUACACAAUGCGGAGUGAUAUCAGUCAGUGUACUCCCUGUGACUCUGGAAAGUACUGUGGCUCUGAUGGACUCACCAACUAUACAGGUGAUUGUCUGGCUGGAUCAUGGUGCAUGAAUGGGUCAUCAACGCCAACACCCACUGAUGGAGUAACAGGUCAAGCUUGUCCUAUAGGGAACUACUGUCCCCAGGGAACCCCGGUACCUGAGCCCUGCCUCCUGGGAACAUGGUCUGUUAGUACAGGUCUGGCUACGUCGGGAGAAUGUCAGGACUGCACUGGGGGAUACUACUGUAAUGGAACUGGCCUCACCACACCUUCAGGGUCAUGUGACCCCGGCUACUACUGCUACCGUAAGGCAGUGACCCCCACACCAUCUGACAAUGGAACAACUGGAGAUCCAUGUACUAUUGGCCACUACUGCCCAGGGACCACAACCUUACCGAUUUCCUGCCCAGAUGGAACUUAUAUGACCAACACUGGGGCAGAUGCAUGCUGGAACUGUACCCCUGGAUACUACUGUAUAACAGGUUUGACCCCCGACCCAUGCCCGCCUGGGUAUUAUUGUCCUGAGGGAACUGGGGUACUGUGGCAGUCUUGUCCACCUGGGACCUACAGCACCGAUACUGGACUGUGGCAUGUGGACAACUGUACGCAGUGUACAGCAGGUAUGUACUGUGACACCGCCAAUGCCACAUCUGUUACUGGGUCCUGUGACCCAGGAUAUUACUGUACACUAGGAUCGGACUCAGCAACACCCGACGUCGGCAACACUGGCACAGCGGGACCCUGUCUAGCUGGUCACUACUGUACCAGUGGCACAGUGACCUCUGUAGGAUGUCCAGUUGGAACUUACAGUAACCAGACCAAGUUAACUAUUUCAAGUGAAUGUACUCAAUGUGCUUAUGGCAAGUACUGUGGAACUGUUGGCCUUACCGAGCCCACAGGUGACUGCUGGGGAGGAUUCUACUGUUUACGAGGGGCUUCCUCACCCAACAACCCAACAAUUGAUGCCACAAGUGGACCGUGUCCAGUUGGUCACUACUGCCCCAACGGAACAUCCUACCCACUUGGCUGUCCUGCUGGAUCCUACAACCCCAGUACAGGAGAGGCUGUAUGCACUGACUGUCCUGCAGGGUAUUACUGUCCGGAGAAUUCCACAGACUAUUCUGGAAACAUUUGUCCUUUAGGACACUACUGUCCUAUGGGAACAGGCAGCAUAUACCAGUACCCAUGUGACAAAGGUUACUACAAUAAUGUGACAGGGAGACAGAGCGUCACAGACUGCUUGCCAUGCGAUCCGGGCAAGUAUUGUGGCAGUGCUGGUCUGUCCACUCCUACCGGUGACUGUGCAGGUGGGUGGUACUGUAUACGGGGAUCCUGGUCCAACCAGCCAACAGAUAUCGUUUCAUACAACUCCUCCUACUCUGAUUGCUUCUGUCCAGCCAAUACCACUGGUGGUCAGUGUCAGCCCGGAGAAUUCUGUCCAGUCGGCUCCAGCCAGCCAACUCCAUGUACCACAGGUAAAUAUUGUGAUGUGGUUGGCCUGUCAAGUGAGGCGGGGCCCUGUAUGGCCGGAUAUUAUUGUACUUUGGGAGCGAGCCGUGCUGAUCCCCAGAAUGACACGACCGGUGGUAUAUGUCCUACUGGACACUACUGUCCCCAGGGUACCGGCACGUCCAAAAAAUGUCCCCCAGGAUACUUCUCUAAUGCCCUCGGCAACUCAGACUUCUCUGACUGUCAGGAGUGUACUCUAGGAUGGUACUGUGUGAAUUCUGGGUUGUCAGCACCCACAGGUCAGUGUUCUAUUGGUUAUUACUGUCCGGCCGGCCAGAAUGUUAGCAGUCCAGCGGAUUAUAUCUGUACACCUGGACACUACUGUGAGGCCGGAAGCACCAUGCUGACCUCGUGUGAAUCAGGGACUUACCAGAACGAAUUUGGACAGAGUGUGUGUAAGGAGUGUCCUGAGGGUUACUUCUGUGAUGGUACCACCCAGAAUGACACAUUCUGUUCCACCGGCGUCCAGAAUCCUGCCAUUUGUGAACCAGGCAACUACUGUCCUAAUGGUACAAAAUAUUCCACUGAGUACAAGUGUCCGAAUGGAACCUACUCAAACAGCUCCGCACUUAAAUCAUCCUCAGAGUGUACCCAGUGUCCGGGAGGAAAGUACUGUGGCAUUGAAGGACUGGCGGCUCCCUCUGGUGACUGCCAAGGAGGGUACUACUGUACAGGAGGAGCACAGACUGCUACUCCGGUAGAUGGUGUCACUGGUAACAUCUGUAGUGCAGGCCAAUAUUGCGAGCCAGGUGUUGCCCUGGGAACCAGUUGUUCAGCCGGCACCUAUGGUCCAACUCAAGGUAUAACGUACCAGUCUGACUGUACCGGUUGCGACCCAGGAACAUACUGUCCGACAGAUGGACUGACAGCCCCGGUCGGUAACUGUACUGCUGGCUAUUAUUGUACUAUGAAUGCCUCCAUUGCCACACCAGCUGAUUCCACUGGAAAUGUUUGUCCAGUACGCCAUUACUGUCCAGAAGGCACAGCUAUCCCCAAGCAGUGUGUGGCCGGUACUUAUACAUUAGUCACACAAACAGUUGCCUGCUCAUCCUGUACGGCCGGGUACUACUGUGAGCCAGGAUUUGACCCCCAAGCCUGCCCUCAGGGGUUCUACUGCCCAGAAGGGACGGGACUGGUAUGGGAGACCUGCCCUGCAGGAACAUUUGGUGGUGCGACCAUGCUGUCCAACCUCACAGAGUGUACUCAAUGCUCAGGAGGGUUCUACUGCGACACAACCAAUCUAACUACACCUACAGGACCAUGUGCUGCAGGAUACUACUGUCGAAGUGGUUCCGACUCCCCCACACCAAGCUCCUUGUCUACUGGUGAUGCUGGUCCCUGUCCCAUGGGUCACUAUUGUGUGGCUCAGACACAGGAGCCUGCUCAGUGUCCCGCAGGAACAUUCAACAACAAUACUCGACUGAUGGCAGAGUCAGAGUGUCAGGAUUGCAGCCCUGGCUCCUACUGCGACAUUCCAGGGUUGUCCUACCCAUCAGGACUGUGUAAUGCCGGAUUCUACUGUGUCCUCGGCUCCAACUCCUCAAGUCCAUCCUCUAUCUCUGCCUCAGGAGGGCCUUGCCCUGUGGGCUCGUAUUGUCCAGAGGGAUCUAGUCUGCCUGUUCAAUGUGAUGCUGGAACCUACAAUGACAAGGAGCAACAGUCCAACUGUACGGUGUGCCCAGCUGGCUUCUACUGUACGACGGGCAGCUCCAACACAACGGAAUGUCCUGCAGGUCACUAUUGCCCAGAAGGGACCCAGUUCUCAUCACAGUACCCCUGCUCCAAUGGUACCUAUAACAGUUUCACUGGGGCCCACAACAUCACCUCAUGUUACGUGUGUCCUGCCGGGUCCUAUUGCCCUAACCAGGGCCUGCCCGCCCCAGCAGGGCUGUGUACAGGAGGUUACUACUGUUACCCUGGCUCCUGGGAUGCCACGCCAUCUGACCCCAACAUUGGAGGGAAGUGUGUUGCUGGGAGUUUCUGCCCUGAAGGAUCUGAUUCCCCAACACCUUGUCCUGGAGGAUUUUUCUGUGGUACUGAUGGCCUCGCUAACUAUACUGGGGAGUGUACUGCUGGCCAUUUCUGUAACGGUAGCUCAACCCUGUCCAAUCCAGUCAACGAAACAUUUGGUGACAUCUGUCCGAAGGGCCAUUACUGUCCCACAGCUAGUCCAUAUGCUAUAGCAUGUAAUGAAGGCACAUUCAAUGAUAUGUUCGGUACUCACAACAUCACCAGUUGUCUCCCUUGCACAGCUGGAAUGUACUGUUCUGGACAAGGAAGAGCUCUGCCUAAUGAUGACUGUGAUGUAGGCUGGUUCUGUCCAGAGGGAAUGAUUGUAACACAACCACCUGGUAACAAAUGCUUGCAAGGACACAGUUGUCCAAAGGGAAGUGGGACUCAGACCCCAUGUCCUUCAGGGUCCUAUCAGCCCCUCGAGGAGCGAGGUGAAUGUAUAGACUGCUCUGCAGGUAUGUACUGUGAUAGGAACGAAGCUAUCGGUGAACAACAGAGUGGUGUUUCAGCUCCAUCCCAUGGUGUGGUGACUCCCAAAGUCUGCCCUGCUGGCUUCUAUUGUCCAAACGGUACAAUGACCGACCGGGAAAAUCCAUGUCCAAUUGGGACGUUCAGCAACACCACUGGUCUUGAAAGCAUUGCUGAAUGUAACGACUGUCCGCCUGGUUAUUACUGCGAGAAUCAGAAUAUGACGGAACCAGCAGGAAAGUGUCACUCAGGAUAUUAUUGUGUACUAAAGUCGAGUACUCCCAGUCCGGCUGACAACAUCACCGGCAACGUCUGUCCACAGGGUACUUACUGUGAGGAGGGCUGGUCCAGUCCCACACCCUGUCCCAAAGGCACAUAUGGAAAUAGAACUAUGCUGCCGGCACUAACAGACUGUACAGCCUGUACACCAGGCCAGUACUGUGCCUCUCCCGGACUAAGUGCACCAGACGGGCCUUGUCUAGCUGGAUUUUACUGUUCAAAUGCUUCUGAAUCAGCUAAUCCGGUGGGGCAAUCAUACGGCGAUGAAUGUCCUGCUGGGUUCUAUUGUCCUGCAAGCAGUUAUGAACCUUUGGCCUGUCCUGCCGGUACCUACCAGCCUAAUGUUCGUAUGACUAAUGACUCCGCCUGUCUCAGCUGUGAGCCUGGCAAGUUCUGCAACUCAACAGGUUCCUCUGCAGUCGCUGGCGACUGUACUGCAGGAUACUACUGUAUUGCCGGAGCUACUCAGGCUGAACCAACAGGCGGAAUCACUGGGGACAUUUGUCCUGCAGGCUCUGCCUGUCCUGCUGGGUCUCCAACCCACAACUUCUGCCCGAACGGUACCUACACCAACCACACUGGCGCAUCGGUCUGUUACGACUGUCCUGAGGGUUAUUAUUGUGUGAACCGUGACCGAGCUGACCAGUGCCUACCAGGGUACUACUGUCCAGCCAGGACUGGAGCUGAUCUUCAGAAGUGUCCCGCCGGAACGUUUAACCCCACCUAUGGCAUCUCCAAUGUGACCCAGUGUACCCAAUGUACAGGAGGAAACUACUGCCUGGUUCCCGGACUGGCAGCUGUUAGUGGCCCUUGUUCUGCUGCUUACUACUGUGAGCUAGGUGUGGACUCAGAUACACCCUCAGGUGCCAACACAGGAACUGGAGGACUUUGUCCGUUAGGAUUCUACUGUCCAGCUGGUACAGAAAGACCACUCCCUUGUAUUGCUGGUCAAUACAGUGACAAUUUGGGUCAGCAAGUGUGCUCCUCGUGUCCGGCUGGCUACUACUGUGUGGAGAACUCGACCUCUUACUCUGCCCAGCCCUGUCCAAGUGGCUACUACUGUCCAGCCAACACCACAGACCCCUACCAGAACCCCUGCUCUAAGGGCACCUACAACCCAGUCAAUGGCAGUGACGGUCCCGAGGACUGCCUUGACUGCCCGCCAGGAAAAUACUGUGAAACUGAUGGUCUCCCACAGCCCACUGGGAACUGUUCGGCAGGCUGGUACUGCCUAGGAGCCUCAGACAAAUCACAGCCAAAUGAUACACUGAUUGGCAUUCAGUGCUUGGCAGGAACCUACUGUCCUGCAGGAUCGGCUGGUCCGACGGCCUGUGACGGUGGGAAUUACUGCAUGCAUGAUGGCCUUUCCCUACCUAGCGGACCCUGCAGUGCAGGUUACUACUGUAAUGGGAGCGACACACAGCCAGACCCUCCAAACAAAGUCUGUUUGAAAGGACGCUACUGUCCCGCAGGUACCAACACCCCAAUACCUUGUCCAGCAGGCACAAUGUCCAACACCGACGGCAACACCAAUCUGACAAACUGUGAUCUUUGUCCUGACGGGUUCUUCUGUGCUGGCACAGGAAACACCAACUACACAGGUCAGUGUGCCCCCAUGUACUACUGCCCAGCCGGUCAACAAUCUGCCACACCCCCAGAAUUUAACUGUACCAUUGGUCACUACUGUCCCGGAGGAACUGGUCAGCCAGUGGCAUGCGCAGCUGGAUAUUACCAGGAUGAGACCAACAUGGCUGCAUGCAAAGACUGUCCAAAGGGAAAAUACUGUGAUCCACUUGAGGCUGUUGCCUGUUGUGGUAUGAAUAGUACAGGCGUGGUCACUCCAGCAGAAUGUCCGACCGGUUACUACUGUCUCAACAACACAGUCAGUGCCCAGACCUACCCAUGUCCUGUCGGUAGCUUUAGUAACACCACUGGGCUAGAGGAUGCCACACAGUGUCAGGACUGUAGUCCUGGUUACUUCUGUGAUACUCCAGGCUUGACCGAUCCCACUGGACCGUGUAAUGCUGGAUUUGUGUGUGUAUCUGGAUCUACUGUUGCUGGGCCUACUGAUGGCGUGAAGGGCUAUGAGUGCAGAGUUGGAGACUACUGUCCUGCAGGGUCAGGCCAGGGUACCCAGUGUCCCCAGGGGACCUACAGCAACACAACCGGACUCCUGAAUGUGUCUUCCUGUACACCAUGUACUCCAGGAAUGUACUGUGCAUCAGAAGGUUUGACGGCUCCUACUGGAAACUGUUUAGCCGGCUACUACUGUUCUCUGGGUGCCAUAUCUCAGAAUCCAACAGCACAAUCGUACGGUGACACCUGUACAGCGGGUGACUACUGUCCCGUGGGGACUGGUACACCUCUACCCUGCCCUAUAGGGACCUACCUCCCAGACACUGGCAGAACCUCUGUGGCUGACUGCCUGGAUUGUGCUCCUGGCAAAUACUGUUUAACGGAAGGACUCAUGAACUACACUGGUGACUGUGACCCAGGCUAUUACUGUGACCGCGGUGCCAACAGUAGUUCACCAACAGAUGGCACCACUGGUGACGUGUGUCCACCAGGCUUCUACUGCCCCAUGGGAACAGCCAGUCCCAUCCCUUGUGCGGACGGUACCUACAUGAACCACACCCUGGCCAGUGCUUGUGAUACCUGUCCUGCCCGCUACUACUGUGUCAACAAGGUACAAGCUGACCCCUGCCCUGUGGGGCGCUACUGCCCCGCCAACACUGGCUUUAAUAUGGAACUGUGCCCUGCAGGAACCUACAACCCAGUGGAGAUGUUGAUGCAGGAGAGUGAAUGUACUCAGUGUGAUGGGGGCUGGUACUGUGACAACCCGGGACAGUACAAUAAAACUGCACCUUGUGCUGCCGGCUACUACUGUCAGAGUGGAGUCAACACAGCCUCUCCCAGUAAUAACAACACAGGAUUUGGGGGUGGCUGCCCUCUCGGUCACUAUUGUCCAGUUGGUACAACUGAACCAAUAGGCUGUGGUGCCGGUACAUACGCCGACCUGACACACCAGGCCACCUGUAAAUCUUGUGAGACUGGCUACUACUGUCCUGCUAACUCCACCACCUACACCAGCACACCUUGUCCCAAAGGAUCGUACUGCCCAGUGGGGACCGAGUUCUCCACCCAGUACUUGUGUCCGGCUGGUACCUACAACAACAGGACCCUCGGGGAGAGCGAGUUUGACUGUGUUUCCUGUACUGCUGGAAAGUACUGUGAUGGCACGGGUCUAUCUGAACCCUCCGGUGACUGUUCAGCCGGCUGGUACUGCUCCGGAGGGGCGUGGAGCUCCCAACCUUCCAUGUGGGUUAGCUCCUCCGAUGUGUACAACUUCAAUCUCACCUGCCCAGUCUACACGCUCAACGACACCGGUGGCAUCUGUACUCCAGGCACCUAUUGCCCAACUGGCUCAUCCCAGAAGCAGGAAUGUUCCCUUGGAAUGUACUGUGAGACACCCGGGCUGGCGACACCGACUGGGGAAUGCUACGCUGGGUUCUUCUGUAAUGGAAGUGCCAGUAUACCCAACCCCACUCCAUGUGACAUGGGACACUACUGCCCCAACGGCACAACUGUACAGAUAGCGUGUGCCCCAGGGACCUAUUCAGAUCGUCAACAGAACACCAAUGAGACUGACUGCCUGCCCUGUACAGCUGGCAAGUACUGUCAGCAGUAUGGUCUUGCCACACCCACUGCAGACUGUGACGCAGGCUACUUCUGUCCAGAAGGACAGGACUCUGCCCGCCCCACCACCCUGGCCUGCAGCCCGGGACACUUCUGUGAACAGGGGAGCUGGAACGAGACGGGCUGUCCUUCAGGCUACUACCAGCCCCACUGGAAACAGAGCACCUGUGACAUUUGUCCUGCUGGAUCAUACUGCAAAGCAUUCGGUGACUAUGAGGUACUGGAUGCCAACGUUACCGGGACUGCUAACUACACUGAUCGCUACAGGAGUUACCGUGGAGUAUCCGUGCCGACUGCCUGUCCAGUAGGAUCAUACUGUCCACAGGGAACCAAGGAGGAAAGAGAAUUCCUCUGUCCAGCUGGUACCUAUAGCAACGUGACAAGUCUGACCAGCAUCACACAGUGUUCUCCUUGUAACGCAGGAAGCUACUGUGGUGGAGAAGGUAACAUCGAGCCAACAGCGUUGUGUGCCCCAGGUCAUUUCUGUACAAUGUCAGCUCACAAUGCCACCCCCGCAGAUGGUACUACCGGAGAUGUCUGUACCGCUGGUCGCUAUUGUUUGGCCGGCAGUAUCACAGGCAACGGCUGUCCUAUCGGCACCUUCAGUAACGUUCAGGGGUUGGUCAAUGAAAGUGAAUGUCAGGCUUGUACCCCAGGACACUACUGCGGCCAGACUGGACUGACCGCAGUGUCGGGCACCUGCUGGGCAGGUCAUUUCUGUUCCCUGGCAUCAACUGAACCUGCACCAGUAGCUCAGUCCUACGGAGAUGUAUGUCCAGCCGGACACUACUGCCCAAAUGGUACUUACGAUGCUGUCAAGUGUCCGUCAGGGACUUACCUAGACGUUACGGGAAUGGGAGACAUUAAUGACUGUAUAAGCUGUAGUCCAGGUUUUUACUGUACGAGUAUUGGAAAGACCAAUGUGACUGACCUCUGUACUGCUGGGUACUACUGUACUCUAGGAGCAAACACCAGUGCUCCAACCGACGGCACCACAGGUGAUAUUUGUCCUGAGGGUCAUUUCUGUGAAAUUGGGUCCACCAAACCAGAGCCGUGUGGUAAUGGUACCUACAUGAACCACACUGGGGCCUCGGCCUGUUAUGUCUGCCCGGCUGGCUAUUACUGUGUGAACCGCGACCGUGCCGACAUCUGUACUCAAGGGUAUUUCUGCCCAGAAGGCACUGGAGCAGACCUGCAACCUUGUCCCACAGGAACGUUUGGAAACACGACUGGACUGACACAAGAACCAGAGUGCACACAGUGUACAGGUGGUUACUACUGUGGUACUCCAGGCUCCCCUGAGCCAGAUGGAGGCUGUAUGUCAGGUUACUACUGUGAGUAUGGUGUGGACACAUCCAAUCCCUCAUCAUCAGUUUCCCACAAGGGCGUAGGACAGGAGUGUCCAGCAGGGUCCUACUGUCCAAAGGGAUCACCUCGGCCUAUCUCAUGUGCAGCUGGAACUUACACUAGUGUUACCGCAAAGGGGUCAUGUGAUCAGUGUAUACCGGGUUACUACUGUCUGGAGAACACCACUAUGCCGACAGACUUUGAUUGUCAAGUAGGACACUACUGUCCAGCAGGUACACAAUACAACACCCAGUACCCAUGUUCAGCCGGGUCCUACAAUCCACUACCUACCCAGAGUGACCCACUGUCCUGCCUUACCUGUCCCCCUGGACAGUAUUGCUCUGGAGCAGGACUCAGUGCCCCAUCAGGAAACUGCAGUGCAGGCUGGUUCUGUUCUGGAGGAUCUGUGGAAACUAAGCCCAUAGUCAUUGGUAACUUCAGUUCCAUAGACAUGUGUAUGUGUCCAGAGUUUAACUACACCGGAGGAAAGUGUCAGCCAGGCACAUACUGUCCCGAGGGUUCCUCAGCUCCCGUCUCCUGUACCGCUGGCUGGUACUGCGACGACUACGAACUCGCCACACCCAAAGGAAAGUGCAACCCUGGAUUCUUCUGUCCUACGGGUCAGACUGAGGCAAACCCCAGUUCAUUUGUGUGCCUGGCGGGUCACUAUUGUGAGGAGGGCUCGCCCACCUCGACCGCCUGUCCGACCGGAACCUUCUCUAACUCCACGGGCAACACCAACGUCUCUGAUUGUAAACCCUGUACACCAGGGUACUACUGUGACAGCCCAGGGUUGAUAGAAGAGAAUGGCAUGUGUGAUGGAGGUUUCUACUGUCCCGAGGGACAGACGACAGCAACACCUUCUGCCUACAGAUGUCCUAUGGGAGAUUAUUGUCCCCAGGGCAGCCCCGCUCCUGUCGUCUGUGAGAGAGGCUCCUAUAACUAUUUGGAUGGUCAGGCUACAUGCCUGCCUUGUCCUGAGAGAUUCUACUGUGAUCCCCAUGACCUUGGUAACGUGACUGGAAUCAUCAGUCCUGUCAAUUGUCCGCAAGGUUACUACUGCCCAACUAGCACACAAUACAACUACCAGAACCCAUGUCCCUCCGGCUCUUACGGCAGCGUGGAAUUAUUGGCAUCAGAUUCCGAAUGCUUUCCCUGUGAUCCUGGUAAGUACUGCCAGACACCAGGACUAACAACUUUUGAAGGACCGUGCAGUGCCGGCUACGUAUGCAGUUUUGGUGCCAAUAAUUCUACACCGACUGAUGGGACGACCGGACGUCCUUGUCCAGAGGGGCAGUACUGCCCCGAGGGAUCCAGCACAGGAACCCUUUGUCCACAAGGAACCUUCAACAAUGGUACUGGGCUGAGGUAUGCCAAUGAGUGUAUACCCUGUGACCCGGGUUAUUACUGCCCUAACGAUGGCCUCACUAACCCCUGGGACCAGUGUACAGAGGGACACUACUGUGUCAGUGCCUCCAUAGAGACUGCACCUGUUGGUCAAUCGUACGGAUAUGUGUGUCCGUCUGGACAUUACUGUCCUCGAGGCACUGCGUACCCUGUGGAGUGCCCCAGAGGAACAUACCAACCAUCCACUGGUCGUAUAGCACUGUCUGACUGUGUAGACUGUACUGGUGGUAAAUACUGUCUGGAGUCUGGUAAUGAUACGGUCACAGCCGACUGUUGGGCCGGAUACUACUGUACACUGGCAGCAAAGGACCCCAACCCUACUGAUGGAACAACAGGUGAUAUCUGUCCUAUUGGGAAUUAUUGUCCAGUAGGAUCAGUCACAGCACAACCCUGUGCCACAGCAACUUACAUGAACCACACUGGUGCCGGAGUAUGCUACCCCUGUCCAGAGGGUUUCUACUGUACAUCUGGACACAGUGCUGACCCCUGUCCACAGGGACUCUACUGUCCUGCUGGUACAGGCAGUAACACCAUUCCUUGCCCUACAGGUACCUAUGGGUCUACGACUGGACUGACAAAUGAAACCGAGUGUACACAGUGUGUAGGCGGGACCUACUGUGACGUGACUGGACUUACAGCACCUGCUGGCGGGUGUUCUCCAGGCUAUUACUGUGUAUCAGGUGUUAAUACAGCCACCCCCAAUGUUGGAGUGACCUUCACAGGGACAGGUGGACAGUGUCCAGCGGGCUUUGAGUGUCCUCAGAACUCCACCUACGCGUCUCCCUGCGGGCCAGGGAAGUACGCACCUACUGUUGGCAUGAGUAGCUGUAUAGACUGUACACAAGGGUAUUUCUGUGUGAAUGCUACCAUUGUACCGACAAUAUGUCCAGUCGGUUACUUCUGUCCUGUCGCCACAGAGUUUGACAUGCAAUUCCCGUGUCCUCCCGGCACCUACAACAACCUUACAGGAGCAACAUCAGAAUCUGACUGUUUAGACUGUCCACCAGGACAGUAUUGUGAGGGAGUAGCUAAUGUAUACCCUGAUGGAUUUUGCGAGUCAGGAUUCUACUGUGGGGGCAGGUCCCCCUCAAGUCGCCCUUAUGACUCAGGCGCCCUCAACACCAGCACUGGAACCCUCAAUGACCUGUACUCCAAUGACACCUGUGCUCCCCUGUGGGAUUGUACCUGUUCUAACUUCACAAUGUCGACUGGUGGGAUCUGCCCUUCUGGUUACUACUGUCCUGUGGGCUCUGCCAAGCCUGUACCAUGUGAUGGUGGACAGUACUGUGAAACACCUGGACUGACUGUACCUACAGGUAACUGUACUGCUGGCUGGUACUGUGAUGACCGGAGCACUGUGCCCACACAGAAGAUCUGUACAGUGGGCCAUUACUGUGUAGAGGGUACAGAGACACCAUCUCCCUGCCCCGCGGGAACAUUCGCAAACUCGACUAACCGUGCUGCCCUUGAUGAGUGUGACAACUGUACAGCUGGCCUGUACUGCCAAGGCCCAGGCAAUGUGGUGCCUGAUGGGAACUGUGCCCCCGGUUACUUCUGCCCUGGGGGUCAGAGUAGUAGCACUCCUUCGUCCUACUUGUGCCCUCAGGGCCACUUCUGUUUGGAGGCGUCAGACAACCCAGACAUCUGUCCCAACGGCACCUACCAGUUUAACACUGGCGAGUCGACCUGUGAUGUCUGCCCUGCUGGAUAUUUCUGUGAUCCUCUCGGAGGAAAUUACUCAUGCUCCAGUGGAGUCCCAGUGGUCAGUCCAUCACCAUGUCCAGUAGGAUAUUACUGUCCCGAGGGUACAAUAGCCGGCCAGACAUACCCCUGUCCAGCUGGAGCCUAUGGACCCAAUGAAUACCUCAGCACAAUUGAAAACUGCACAUCCUGUACUGCUGGCUGGUACUGUGAUCAAGCGGGAUUGUCUACCCCUGUUGCCAACUGCUGGGGAGGAUUCUACUGUACAGGUGGUGCUGAUUCCCGUUCACCUGUUGAUCAUCUGGUGAACCAGACUCACAACGUGACCUUUACUGGAAAUGACCAGUGUCCAACUGGCUACUUCUGUCCUAAUGGUACUACCUACCCGCUCCCUUGUCCCCUUGGGACCUUCUCCACACGGAUACAGAUGAGCUCUGAGAGCGAGUGUGAGCCAUGUCCAGCAGGUCGCUACUGUAACCAGGCCGCCUUUACAAAGGUCACAGAGGCACUCAACUGUAGCGCAGGGUAUAUCUGUACGGGAGGAGCCACACAAUCUGUUCCAAAUGCUACCGAGGGGUAUGUUUGUCCCAUGGGACACUUCUGUGUGUCCGGGGCUCUGGUAGAGGAAGGCUGUGCCAUAGGAACCUAUCAGCCCAGUAUAGGUCAGAGUUUGUGUCUCACAUGUCCCGUCAACAAGAUGUGUCUCUACGCAAACAUGUCCACUCCAGAGGACUGCAAAACAGGUUACUACUGUGAGGCAGCUACACCCCCUAUUCCAUGUCCAGCGGGUACCUACAACAACCUGACAGGAAUGGGCCAACUGUCCGACUGUGUCGACUGUCCUGUCGGCAAGUACUGUCUCGCUCUCGGAAACAGUGUUCCAACAGGUGACUGUGAUGCAGGCUUCUACUGCCAGGGGGGUGCCUUUGACAGGUAUGCCAAUGCUUCUACAGAAUACCCACUCAGUGGACUGUGUCCAGUUGGUCACUACUGUCCAGCAGGAACAGCCCUACAGGUGCCCUGUCCAGCAGGAACGAUCCGCAACUUCACAGGUGCUGCAAGUGCCGAUGAUUGUCUCCCUUGUACGGGUGGUUACUACUGUGCCAAUCCAGGUCAGACAGAAGCCACAACAAAGUGUUCAGCUGGUUACUACUGCCCCGCCAACGACUCCACAGUUCAGGCAUCUCCCACCGAAUUCACCUGUCCAGCUGGUUACUACUGCCUCGAGGGGUCUGUGGACCCCACUCCUUGUCCAGGCGGCCAAUACCAGGACAACGUUGGUCAGUCCACCUGUGUCGACUGUCCCGAGGGUUACUACUGUGUGGGGUCACUCAACCCAGAGAAGAAGGUCUGCGAGCCUUACAGCUUCUGUCCAGCUGGAAGUCAAUAUCCUACACCGUGUGAAAAUGGAACGUUUACAUACCCCAACAUGACUGGACUGAGAACACAGGCUGACUGUCUACCCUGUGUGGCUGGUAACUACUGCAGAAAUGGCCAGUUGUAUGAAGCCUGUGCCUCAGGAUAUUUCUGUAAAUCGGGCUCCAAGGACGACAUGCCAACUGUCGUAACAAACUUCACCUGUAGCGCCAAUGAUGAGUGUGCCGGUCUGUGUCCGAGUGGCUACUACUGUCCAGUUGGAAUCGAAGAACCAAUACCAUGUCCUAAAGACACUUACCGCGGCCAUCCAGGGGGAGCAGCUGUGUCCGACUGUGACAAAUGUCCAGCAGGAUUCCUGUGUAACGAAGGUACCUCCGUCCCUGUGGAAUGCCCAGCAGGAUACUACUGUCCCGAAGGAAACAAGACUGAGCCCUGUCCUUACCUGACAUUCCGUAACAACACAGGAGCAGCCGUUGUCACUGACUGCUACCCAUGUCCGGCAGGAUACUUCUGUAACCAAACAGGUAUGGCAGAUUACAUAGACUACCCCUGUAUGGAGGGACACUAUUGUCUGGAAGGCAUGGAGCCUUCCCUCUGUCCAGCUGGAAGGAUGCAGAAUGGCACAGGAGCUGCAGCCUACACCGACUGUGAACUGUGUCAACCUGGGUACUACUGUCCAAAUGAUACUAUCAACACACAAGGGAUCCCUUGUAACGCCAAGUAUGAGUGUCCAGAAGGAUCGUCCUUGGAGGAUAUUUGCAGACCAGGACACUACUGUGACGCUGUUACUGGCACUCCACCUGUCUGUCCCCCUGGUUACUACUGUUACUAUGGCACAGAUGUACCAACACAGUGUUUCUUCCCCGAUUACUGCCCCGAAGGUAGUAACAUGACUCUGAACUGUGACCUCGGUUACCGAGCCUUGACUCACUCAGGCGUCAGAUAUGAUAAUGCUCUAUCAUGCGAGAUCUGUCCGCCAGGAACCUACAGCAACCAAACUGACCGAGCCCAGUGCUUGCUGUGUCCUCCUGGUUACUGGUGUCCUCAAGGUACGGGUCACGGGGAUAGCAAUGCCUGUACGGAAGGCUACUACUGCCCUGAGGGAUCCUCGGCACAAACUCCAUGUCCAGUAGGGACCUAUGGUACCACAGUAAAGGCUAGUAGCUCAGCAAGUUGUAUCGCAUGUCCAUCAGGCUCUUUCAGCGAUGUGGCGGCCUCUCAGCAAUGUAAACUGUGUGGUAGUAAUGCUUACUCAAAUAAUGACCGAUCAUCCUGUACCUGUCGCGGCAGAUACCGUGAAUUCCAGGAGUCUACCGGAUUCUGUGUGUGUUACCCUGGCUUCAUGUACUACGAUGAGAUAAACACACAGCAGUAUGAAGGCGACAGUGACACUGACUGCCAGAGGAUCUCCGACGAAAUCUGUGCUCAAUCUGAAACGAGGAACAGUUUAACUCGCCUGUGUGUGACUGUCACAAGUGUCGACUGUACAUCUACAUGUGACGCAUCCGGUACUGGACCAUCCUUCUUCAAUUCUGAACUUGGCAUAUGCCAGUGUACGACUUACCAGGAUCCCGACAAUAUCUGUAACAGUGUUUGUCGUGCUACUACAAUGCCACAGAUCACUACAGAGGUGUCCACUACUACCGGACAGAUCAGUGUAGUAACCACCGACCCCGUCACGGGCAUCGCCUCCGCACAGGUUCUGACUGAUACCCUUGGUCCCGUCUCUGGUACUGUUGGGGCUAAAAACUCGUACAUGAUCAACUUCUGGGAUAUUGGUGUAACAGCGUCUGUGUUUGCUAGUUCUUCUGAUUCGGCUGCUGCUAUAGGGGUAUCACUGCCAACACUUGGAAGUGGUUCAGGACGACGACGACGACGACUCUUAGCCACCACUGUACCCUCAAACCAGAUCUUCAAUCCUGCUAUGUGUCUUCAGCUGGACGAAAUGGUUGUAUUUAACAAUUGGCUCAACACAACAGAUCGAACCAAGAGUCACUACCCGGUCUACCUUCCCAACAGUCUCUUCUCCUCCAAUGCUAACUUUGAUUACGGAGCAUUCACCGAGCUCAAGACAAAGAUUGAAACAACCACGCUGGUCAUCAACUCCUUCCUGCAUGUGUUCACCGAGGCUGGCUCCUUUGUGUUCCAAGACGCACAAGAUGUCAACAGUUUGGUUUACAUCAGUGUCAUGCCUGCAGGGACAACAUGCGAUGCGUCCACCUCCCGCGUAGUUAGUGCCACAGCAGCCAAUUUAGCCGCGCUUGGCUUCUACAAGAAUGAACCUGACAACUUGGCUCCAGACUGGGGACUCAUCAAAGGAAUGAUUGUGUUCUUCGCCAUCCUUGUGUUGCUGUUGGUCGUGGCCGUCAUUGUGUGGCGCCCGAGGGAGGCAGGUAUCUAUCCCAUGAAGCAUUGGAAGCCUGCCUACCGCAGUCUCGGAGAGCCACCUCCGGUACCACUGUUUAUGAGAUACGACUCGGACCAUUGGCCGCACAAAGAAGGAAUGGAAACUGGUGCUGUAGAGAUGAGGAGUUCAGGUGAUGGAGCAGAAACCAAUGUUCUCGUUUCCAUGGGAGUUAAGGGAGAGGAGGACUUGGAGAAUUUCAAUGUCAGAGUUUUCUAUGACAAACUGGAAGAUCAAAACCUUCACCUUGCCUCACAGUUGGCACGGCAACAAGAAGACCUUCGUAGCUUCUACGAGAAAAUAUGUGCACAAAAUGAGGAACUCAAGAACCUUCUCCAAAACAUGGAUCCUGCUCAGCUGGAGGCUUUAGAGGCGAGAAUGGCAGCGCGUGGCCAGCAGGCUGGUCUGGUGGGUGCCGGGAAUAACAUUAACAUAGCUGCCAUUACGGCUGGAGGUCAAAACAAAUACAAAUUUGCAGGUGGAAGUAACCGUGAAUCUGAGCUCAUGGCUGCCCUACAAGUCUUGCUGGACAAGUUAAACACGGGCAACCUUCCCAUCAACCAACAGAGCUGGGACCAGCUUCAGAAGGGAGGAACUGCCACUACUGGUGGCACCAUGUAUACCACCAACAUAGACGUAGGGGGCUUCACAGGUGGCACAGGCAAACAGGCCGAGUUGCUACGGAGACAGAAUGGUGAGCGCUUACAGUUGGAGCGUGACCUUGACCAAGAGGAGAGAGAUGCGAUCAGCAAACUUUUGUCUUCAGAGGAAGAUAAACGCAAAGACACAGUAGACCACCAGCUGGGAGGACUGGUCAACCGUCUCCAUGGUGACAUGAAUGAGAAACAGGUGAAAGAUAUUCUCUCUAACUACGAGAAAGAUUACGAGAGCAGCAUGAACAAACACAUGACAGACAAGGAACGACAAGCCUACGAUCUCCGACGUAGACUGGAGGAAAAACGAAGGAGGAAAGAAGCCCAACUCAGGGACAAACAUACUAAGGAGGCGGAUGAAAAUGGACUUCCGUCACCAGUCGAAGGCGAUGCUGGUCACGCCGGGAAGAAACUGCGCCGCUGGGAGGCGCUUCUCAAUACUCUGCAGGCAGAGAAGGCUGCUGGCUCAGCCAAGUCCGAAACUGAUCUUGACAUCAGUCUCAAUGAGGAGGAACGCAAACAGAUGGACAACAAGCUCCAGGAGGAACUGACCAGGAUGACGCAGGACGGAAUCCUGUCGGCGAAGCAACAGGAGGAGCUUCUCAGGAACCACAUGGAAAAUGAGAAGAACCUUGCUCGUCACCAUGACAAUCAACGCAAACAACAAAUUUCAGCCCUGCAGGACAGGAUCGCUGAACGACGCAAGAAGAGGUUUGGCAAGCUGCAGGAUCAGCAUGAAGCCGAGCUCAGUGAGUUAUCUGCAAAACUUAUAGAGCAAGGUCAGACUGACGACCUUGAGAGGGAGUUGGAGUACCUCAAGCAGCUACAUCUGCAGGAAUCCGAGGCUGCUGAGGCAGAGCUGGAUGCUGAAGAGAAGGAGCAUAUCCACCGCAUCAACAAAAACCUGGAAGAGGAACAUACACAAGGAACCAAGCAAAAACACCGGGACUUACUCAAACAGGUGAACCAGAUGUGUCCUGAGGCCAAACAGAUGGCCCUACAGCAUGUAAUGGAGGACUACAGACAAAACAUGGAAUCCCUAGACCAGGAACUAUCUGUGGAACGACAGAGACAGCUCAGCGACACACAGGCUAAGUUAGAAGCCAGACGAGCCCGCCGAUUGGCUGAGGCCCAGCGUCGCAUGGAGGAGGAAGAAGCUCAGCGUAUCAUCUUGGAGCAAAACAGACAGAUGAGGCAAGGCGGUGGUUUUGGUGAUACAACUGUGCCCGACUCUGACCUCGCUCAUGUACCCACAGUUAGCUACAGUGACUCUGUGGAGGAGAAUGCCCUAAGAAAAGAACAGGAGAGAGCAAAGGAAGAAUUGAAGAAACGUCACAAACAGGAUAGAGAAAAGUUAGGUGAGAAAGUUGAUUCUGAAGAUGGUCACCAGGAGAGAGAUGCAAGAAAGGAGCUGGACUCUGAAACAGAAAAAAUACUGCGAGAGAAACGUGACAGGCAGGCUGCAGAAUUGGCUGCUCGCACUGACCUAUCUGAUGACCAAAUUAAGGCGAUGAUGGCCGCCCAUGAACAAGAAUUAGAAGACCUCCGGGAGAAACUGGAAAAUGACCGGAAUAGACAACUUCUUACCAUGCGCGAGAGACUUAACAACCGUCGCCGACGAAAGAUGGAUGCACUAAGAAGGAAACAGGAAGUGGAAUUAACCAAGGAGAUGAUAGAACAGAAGAAGGAUCUGGACGAUAUCCACCUCAAACAGGCCAAGGGUGUGGAGCGUAAGGCCAUAGAGGAGGGGAUUAAACAGAACGGCGAGGAGGACAGCGACAAGGUUGUCCGGGCCGUUCUAGCAAACAGGCAUGCACAGGAAAUGAGGGACUUGGAGAAGCAAUACCAGACAGAAAAGAAGAUGAUGGUCGAUGAUGCCCUCAGUAAACUCCAUGAUAAGUACGACAAGUCUCGAGACGACAUGUCCAAACGUCACCAAAAUGAGCUGGCUCAGCUACAGAAAAUGGGUCUGAGCCCAGAGGAGCUCCAGUACCAGCGAACUCAGCUGCUCAACAAACAACAGAUGGAGAUGUCUGACCUGGAGAGGAAGCUGGCGGAGGAAGAGCGUGAGAUAGAAAAGGGUGCGCUCAGCGACUGGGAGGUUCGCUAUGCCCGUGCCCAACUCAACCUGAAGGAGAAACACUACAAGGAGUUUGCUGAAGCUUUGAAGCAAUUUUCGCCCGACCAUGAUGCCAUCAAGGAUGCAGAGGCCUCGGUUGAGGAACUAGAAAAGAUCAAGGAGGAGCUGAACUCUAAACGCAAGGAACACCAGGAUCUUCUCAAGAAGGAGAAGCAAGAUUUUGAGAAGAGCGAACAACGCCGAAUUGAAGCUGAAAUGGGACAUUUUGCCAAACAGCUAGAAGACGAAACAAAGAAAGAGAAAGAAAAAUUUGAACGCAACAUUGACACACUCAACAAACGCAAAGAGGAUCUGAUCAGGGAACGCAAACAGAAGAUGAAGGAAGAGAUAGACAAGCUGAAGCAGGAAGGUGGCAGUGAAGAGGAACAGCGUCGUCUCAUAGAGCAACACGAGCGUGACCUCCAGAACAUCCUCAACAAGAUGGAGGGAGACAAGAUGCGUCAGCAGAGUAAUCUACAGGAGCGCCUCAAGAAGCGACGGGAACAGAGGAUGAAGGCCAAAGAAGCUGAAAUACGUGGCAACAUGGAUGACAGCAAACGUGACUUAGAACAACGCCAGCGGAGUGAGACCAACAGGAUCAAGGCAGACGAGGCACUCACGAUCCAGGAGAGUAUCAACAUAGACCAGGCCGUGCCCAUGACCCGCCCUAGUACUAUGGGUAAGGCAGCCAGCAGGCCUUCCUCCCCCUUAGUGGAGCGUGAAGUGCCAGUAACCACAGCACCCAUGCCUCAGUCCUUCCAAAUGGCAGCUCCUCUGAACGAGGCAGAGCUCAUGACUCUGCUGAUGGCUUCACCAAUGUACCAGAAACUGGAACAGAUCAAGAAAUCUGUAGCUGAUGGUACCCACAAGUCACCCAAACACAAAAUGGAGGAAGGUGAGGGUUACCAAGAUGCUAAGGACGCAGAGUGGGGACAGGACGGAGAGCUCAAACCUGUUGACCUCAAUACCCUCAACGCUCGUACCUUUAUCGUGUACAAGUUUGGCUGCUUCAUCACCGAGCUGGUGGCUUCACGGUGCCGUCAUGCUCCAGUGACCAUACUCCUGGCUGAUAAGAUUCCUUCCAACAAACACUUGUCACGCAACCCUUACAGAAACUCGUUCCACUACGAUGCCAAUAACAGAAUCCUGUAUGUGCGCACAGCCAGAUUGGCAACAGUCGGUGACUUUGUGGUGGUGUUGGUCCACACACUGGCACACAUCAGAGCAGGUGAUCUGAGAGAUGACAACAACCCUGAUUUUAUACGGGAGUAUCACCGUGCCCUAGCGGUCGUGUGUGACGAUUUGUUCUUUGCUCGUUAUCGCCGUUCCUCAACCCUGACCCAGGCUCUGGCCCACACCAACAGCGGUGUGAAUGUAGAACAGGCUGCGAUACAACUCCUCCAGGCUAUGUUUGGCGACUGCCAUACCGAGGAUGAGAAAAUCAAUAUGGUGGAAGACCUCUUGGAUGUCAAGUUACUUCCCGGCACCAACAUGGAGGGUGUCCACUUUAACAAGGCCAGGAUUCAGGAGAGAUUGUCCAAGUAUUCCAGCUUUUCAUCAACAAGCAAGCUACAGAACAUGCUCGGAAGCAUGGAGGAUAAAAUCAAACAGUCCAAAGGUCAAGGGUCAAGUCGUGGUGUUGACCUCCAACUUGCUUCUCUCAGUCAGAGAUAUUCGACAGCUGGUACAACUGUGCUGACAAGAUUACCUCCCUUCCGUUUCGUAACUGCUAACAUGACUGGACAGGCCCUUUGGGACACUUUCGUCAACAGUCAGGACAACAAAGAUGAUGUCCCUGUUGAAACAGAACCAGUAACAAGGGACACACUUGAGACACUGCAGGACAAAUAUGACAGCUUAUGUGCAGACUUUUCGACGGUUUCUCAUGAACUGGUUGACCUUCAGGAAGAUGUGAAGGUCAUGGAGGAGGAACAAUCCGGUAGACCAAAGUCUGCAAUGGCUAAAUCAGGAGAGAGUUUGUCAGACAAGAAAUCACAAGUGAUGAAAUUGGAGAUGGAGAAAAACAAACUCAAUGACCAGAUGAAAGCCUGUACGAGAGACAUCGAACAAAGGAAGUGCGGCCCUUCUCCACACCAGGCUGUGGCUGUGAAAUUCACUGACGACCAACAGACAAAAUCAAAAAAGAAAAAGUAGAGACAUUAUCGGAAACAUGUGACACAGAAAUGUGAAACAUCAGAGACAAACUUCAAGGACAGACACAGAAAUGUGACUCCAUAUAGACAAACCCCACGGACAUGACUGCAAUGUAUUUAUCUCCACUUACGUUGUUAUUGUUAUUAUGCUGAACAAGAAUGAGAAUUAAUAUGUAUAAGUUAUAUUAUAUAAAAAGAAAAGACUAUUUAUAUGUUAUUUUAUGUUUAUAUUUUUUAUUAAACAGUUGUGUAUGUAUAUUUUGUCAAUUUUAACAUUUUUCAUUAUAUAUCCAUAGAUAUACACUUUACUACUCACAAGUAUUUUUCCCAUACCGUCCACAAUGAUUAUCUCAAAAAUCAAAGAUGUACAUAAUGUAUCUUGGUCAGAAAUGGUUGUUCUGCCUUGUUAAGUAUGAAUCAAAAUAUCAAUUAUUAUUACAAAAUGUAUAUGCUAAAUAAUGGACCUUACAAGUUGUGACUACACUGCUUCAGCUGUGUAACUGCAGGAUUUUAAUUAGAGUUAAUAUGUCCUAGAAUACCAUAGAAAUGCUGACCUUAAAUAUCAAACUAGGUAAUGAUUAAUUUAACUUUAGUUUAAUUUACUGCUAAAAUGAUUAUUUUUCAUAUAUUACUAAUUAUUAGACACCUCAUUUAUUGAUGAGAAGAAAAUUUGUAGAUAAUUAACACAUUUAUUUCUUAAUUGAAUUUUUUUCUGUAACAGCAUUCCAUUGUCUUUGUAACUAUGGUUACCUGAUUUAAUUGACCAUUCCAGUGUUAGUGGUUAGGAGAGAAGCAAUCUGUGAUAAGAUAUACCUAAGACAAUAAUUUCUACCGUAUUAAUUAGAAAUUUUAAAUUUUCUACAAUUUUAUACCUAUUUGUAUUUCCUCUUAGUACCUAAAGGUUAAGAUAUACAAAUAUAUUUGUAAAUAGAACAAUGUGACUAUGUACUCAAAUACAAUAUGCAAAUGUAUACAAUCGUUAUAGGUAUGUAUCCCCCUAAAUUGUUCAGUAUUUUUUGCCAUUUUUGUAUUCAAUUAAAAUUUAAAUUUAUAAUUUAUUUCUCCUUCCAAAUUGUCGUGUAUGAAAUACAGAAACAAAAGUAACUAUAUUUUGUGUAUAAAGUUUUUGUCCUACAUGUUGAUUAAUGUUUAUACUUUAUACAUUAAUUAGAGAGUCCCAAUACUCUGGUUCAAUCUCCAACGACGAAUAGCAUUUUCUGACAUUGCUUUCCCAAUUUACUACUACAACUACGAAACACAUAUUUUAUAAUAAGGUUCUUUUUCACCAAAGCAUCUCUGUCAUUGUCUUUGGUUCCUCGACUUGUCCACUGUGCUACCAGUCUUCAUUGACAUUUGAUUCCUCGACUUGUCCACUGUGCUACCAGUCUUCAAAUUUGUUGUUACUUCUUUCCUGCAACAUUAUUGAGAACAACUUUAAAAUUUCAUAACCCUUUUACUUUAGGUUAUCAAUUAUCAUAAUCUAAAUAUACAGUAAAUAAUUUAUAGGUUCGGGGGAAUAUAAUAUUUUGAAGGCCUGUAUACAGAAGAAAAGUUGUGGGACUCUCUGCCUUAACUGUAAAUCCGUCCAAACUUAUAUAUACUGUUAAAUUUAGGAUUGAAAUAUUCUUAAUGUGUUGUCAAUUACAUUCCAAACUGCCCUGUUAUAUAACUACAUUUCAAACUGCCCUGUUAUAUAACUGAACGAGUAAGAAGAAAAUUUGUUUUGGACAAGAAUUUUACAUUGAUUAUAUACAUACAAGCUUUUCUACCUUUAUCAUAUAGACAUUGGUUAAUUCCGUCCAUUUUAUACAUAAAAUUAUGUUUGAUUCCUAGAUGGAGAUUUAAAUUUUAAGCAUACCAUGUUUGAUGAAGGGUGGGGCGGGGGGGGUCUCCGGGGAUAACACAGAGGGAUAAACUUACGUUAAAUAUGAGUUAGUUACUGUGUACAUGUACAUCCUUGGUGGAUUCUGUUUCUCGUUUGCACCUGUUAAAUUGUCCUUUCCAGGUCAUUAUUUUUGCUUACAAGCCAUGUAAUUAUUUACUCUUGCUUCUUCUCCCACUAACUGUGCAAUAUAAAAUAUGUGCAAACUAUGGAACAUUACACUUAAGGCUGCUUUGGGACAAACUGAUUCCCCCACCGGCAACAUCCAACAAAAUUUGAUUCCAAAAUCAAAUCAUAAAAGUAUAUCAUUACUGAAAUUAGCAUCAAAAAUCACACCCACCGAGCAUAAUUAAAGAUAAGAUAAUAUGAAUGCAAUAAAGAUUUAUUAUUAAUUUACAGUUAUAUAAUUAUUCCUUGGAAUUUAUUGGCCGUGUGAUCUUAACAUUCCAGAGAUCCCUUUAGUGUGUUGUUCCAAACUAAGCCUGUUGUAUUCUGAAGUAUUCUGACCGCUCACACUUGUGUGUGCACCGUUACCUUACAUGUUACUUUACACAGGCACAAACUCAUAUCAACAUCUAACAUUCUAUUGUUGAUGUUAGCUUAAAACAGUUCACCUUGUUGCAUAUAUUAAUUAGAUUCAUGAAAAUAAAUAUUUUUAAAUCAA